AUGACGACCAACAUGGCUGUGUCGGCCCCGGUUAUGCCACCGGCGGCUGCAAGAGAGCACAGGCCUGUACGGGCAGCAAGAGCGACCGCAUCAACGACGUCGUCGGCCGGACGCAGGGCGCGUUCUGCACGCUCUGUCCACUUCGCACUCGAGCCUGUAGCGCGUGAUGUGCAGAAGCAUAUGGAGCGGCAGCUGUGGCACUGGCUGGAAAAGACACACAGCAUGCUGCGUCCACUCGAGGCGAGUGCGCGUGGUCAGGUGCAGGUGAUGGAGCGCGCUACCGCGGCGGCAACGGCCACCACUGCCGACACCGCUGCCCCACCAGUGGUGGUCAAGGCGGUUGCGGUGACGCUGCCGCCAUACAGCGAGCAUGCGCAUGAUACAUCGGAGGACGAGGACAUAUCCUGGUCUCGUGCGCAGCUGGUACCGAACGUGUCGCUUGCCCUGUGGGAACAGCGCCGUCGUCAACUGCGGCACGUGGCCGGUGUAGUGGAUGUGUACACACUGGCCAGCAUGUUGCGCGACACCCGAGAAGGCAGUCCCAGGAAGAGGCACGGCAGCAGCGGCGGGGCCGUCCGCUUCUGUGCGAGCUUCCUCGGCUCCAGCUGCGAUACAACUGCCUCCGGUCGGGUACCAGUGCCGGUGCUGGACGCAGAUGAGAUCAGAGAGCAAGGGUGGGCCCUGGAUGUGGUCGUCAAGCAGCCCACGCAGCAGCAGUAUCACCAGAGCGGCAGCCGCGGUCGGUGCUCCAGUGGCGCGUCGCCGCUGCCCCACCCCACCGUAUUCCUAUUCGCACGUGACUAUAUUGACCACGCAGAGGUGCUGUGGAACCUUGUGCAGGAACGCUGGGGGCGGGAGCGGCUACCUGUGACGGUGAUGCCGACGUGGGUGAACACGGCGGCGGUGUUCGGCAGCGACGACCCGCAGGUGGAGGCCGCAGCAGCUUCUGCCCUGACGGAUGACGCUCUCGAGAAGCUGCGGCGCCACAUCGGUCGAUGGCUGAAGGGUGCGUCGGCAGCCGACAAGGCAAAGAAACGGGUGGCAAGCCAGGCAGCGGCGCUUGCAAUCGACACGUACGGCGCCGCUGUUGCCGCAGCCAUCGCCAGUGAUGAGCAGGCGCUGACGGCGCACGAUGCGGCCGACAUUACAUGGGGGGUCUGCACCGCACUGGCGCGACUUCAUCGCGCCGGACUCGCACAUGGCAACCUCAAGCCGAACAACGUCUUGAUUGCCCAGUCAGUGGACGGUCGUAGUGCUGCGCAGGCAGAGCAGGCCCCACGCGAGGUGCACGUCACCGACCACCUCCUUCCGCUGCUCCCUGAUCAACUGGUGGAUCCGGGCGAGCUCCUGAAACUCCCGUGGGCUGCCGCUGUCACCGCUGGCGGCGCACCUGCCGAGCCGAAGAAGUCGAGGCCCGUCACGAUGAGCGGCUACGUGUGCUUGAAACAGCACGAGGAGGCGGCCUCGAUGUCGUACCUGUGCGGUGGCGGGCUGCCUGACGCGGUCGCCGUCCCGGCGUUCUCGUUGAGCGGGUUCCUCCUGGGUAACGCCGUCAGCGGCAACGAUGACGCUGCCGUGCUGGAGGGUGGGGUAGACUGCCUCUCGAACGCGGCCUAUGAGGCCGUGCUGCUGCAGCACCUCACCGCCCCCGAAAGGGUGUUGCUGGUGGCGGUGGACAGCAGUACAGCUAACACUGGUGUACGGAAAGACGCAGCAGAAGUCGGAGCAGCCCUCAGCACCGGCGGGACGCACUUCAGGGUGUGGGUGGAUACGCAGCACGCCACACCAGCCAGCGACAUCUACGCACUUGGGGUGCUCCUCUACAUGAUGCUGAUCGGUCGGCUCCCACCGCUGCCGCGCUACCGCCGUGUAUCUCGAGGCACAUCCAGUCCAGCAGCCGUCGGCGCUCGCCCUCAGCGGAUGUACGAGGCGGUGGUCAACGACGUUGUGUGCGCGCUGUAUGAGAGCGCGGCGAGGCACAGCUUCAAGUGCGAUCCAUCGCCGAUGAUGGACGAGCUCAAGGCCUUCCUGCAAUCCGAAGCCGCACGCGAGCAUCUGCCUCUUGUCCUGGCGCUCGCGCGUGCCGGCGUGCGGCCAACGACGAUGGACAUCCUUGUCGGCAUGCUGCACGUCAACCCAGCCAAGCGGCUCAGCCUUGCGCAGCUCCAACAUCACGCCUUCUUCCGCACGUACGGGCGGCGUCGACACACCCUCCGCGCUGAGUUUGCGGAAGCGGCGCGGCGGGUGCAGCACGCAGCGCCGGUGACAAGGAAAGACCCCUUGGGCCAAAGCGUUGUCGCAGCUGUUCGACGACGCAUGAUGCCGCAGAACAUGGGGGCCACUGCUAAGGCGGCCGCUGAGCGUCCUCGCUCGCCGCCCCCACCAUCUGCGGGCCGCCUAGGUACGGUGGCGCCGCGCGUACCUUCCAUGGCUUGCACACCAAGCCGCAUCAGCGAACGCGGCACACCAGAUCCAGUGCUCUCACCCGCGUCUCCCAACGCCGCUGCCGCUGAGCGAAGUGCCUCCAUGGCCUCCGCGGGCUCUGCUGGGGAAGAGGCGCCGCGACCCAUUUCACGAUCUCCCCCUCCUCAGCUCCUCCGCGCGCCGCAUGCCAUGUACCUUCCCUACAAGAGACGCGAGACCACCAUAUCGCCCCCAUCUCCCUCUCCAACACUGCCAGCGCAGGAGGGGGAGCAACACCAGUCAAAGGAGCCCUCAUGCUCGCUGCUCCACAGCCGCACGCUGCAGCUCUCCGCCCCCUCGUACAUGGGGCGAACCCAUUAUGAUCUCCCACGCCGCCGAGCCUCUAUCCAAGACGACAUGGACAGGCCGCUAGAUCAAAGCUGCAGAUCAGUGAUAACCGCGGUGUCGAGCAGAUCCGUCGGAGCCGUACUGACUCCGCACGCUGUCCGGCGCCUCUCUCCCUUGGGCCGCGAGGCGUCGGUGCUAUCGCAAACGUCUCUCGACGCUACACCCGCCGCGCGACUCGGCAAAGCCGGAUCAACCCUGCACGCGCCACGUCGGCCUGUCAUGCGACGUCAGUCCGCGUGGAUGAUGCCGCAUCGCUCCUCUGUGUACGUGGUGUCGCUGGCCCUGCUGUUUGUCGUCCGGCUUAGGCGCCGCCGGGAGCGCACAUGGCUUCUGGGUCGUAUACGGCGCUGUCAUCGAUGA